CGUGCCUUGCAGCUUUUUACCACGCAUGACUUCCACGCCGUCGCUUUUACUCACGGGACCUUUAUAGGAUUACAUAUUCUUUCGUUCUUUUUUUUUCUUCUUCCAAAUACAUUUUUUUUUUUCUUCGUGACAAAUUGUGCGCGCCGAAAAAAGAUGGCUGGAGCGCACGACCCCCUCCUGGCUUUGUUGGCUCGCGAGAGGAGGAGGUGCGUCACCACCCUCCUGCCUGCCCUGCAUGGUCAUGACCAGUCAUCACCCCCCUCCCUCAGCCCGCCUCAUCCUAUUGGUCCUCCUCACCGUCACUCUGUGGCUGGCCACCAACGCUGCCCCCGCAUGGGCCGAACCCGAGGACAGAGGGACAGCAGAGGGAGGGGCGGCGGAGAAAGAGGAGGAGACGGUGCUUGUUCUGCCGCCCCGGGGCGACGACGGCGGAGGGAACAACGCGUCGCGGGACCGGGACGAGCGUCCGGAGCUGGGAUCGGACCCGGCGCGGGUGCUCGCAGUCCUCCUGCAGGUUCUGGACCUGCAGGGUGACGAAAGACAGGAGGGGGACGAGAGACAGGAAGCGUCCUCUAGCUUGGUGGACGUCAAUGAGAUAAGGAGGCAGUCCGGGGCUGAUGAGGUUAUCCAAGACUUUGAGGAGGAACGGGGUCACGGGCGGUCAAAUGAGGACCUCAUGGAGAAAACACCAGUUGAUAGUUUCCUGGCUUCCGCCCCCCAGGGGGACGACAGCUCCCUGCAGCGCAAAAUCCGCGGCUACUUCCAGAACAUUGAUUUGGGCCUCCAAGACAAUGAGAUUCUGCCACCCCUGAAGGGCUACAAGGCGUACAACACACAGUUGGCCCGAGCUGGAAAGAAGCUCCACUGGCAGGAAAAUUCUGCCGCCCAGGCCGGCCCCAUCAACGGCGGUAACUUCAUGGAUGACUUUGAGGACGAGGGCGGCGAGCUGGAGGAGGAGGUGGAGGAGGAGGACGAGAGCCUGAGCCGCAUGGAGGAGGAGGCCAGGGCCCAGGCUGAGAAGCUGGAGGUACUCAGGCAGCAGGAGGAAGCCGAGCGAGCCCGCGAGGAGGAGCAGCGUUUGGCCGACGUGGCCUCCGACAUGCUGCUACAGUACAUGGGCCGCAAGCAGCAGGCCUUCCUCAAACCACGGCAGAAAAGCAGCAACGCUGCCGAGGACAAGCGCUCUGAGGAAGUCCUCCUCCCCGUCCAGGACGAGGACGACCUGGACCAACAGAUGAUCGAUCGUCUCAUCGAGAUCAGCAGCAAGCUGCACCUGCCGGCCGACGACGUCAUCGAGAUCAUCAGCGACGUGGAGGAGAAGAAGAAGAAGCGGAAAGAACUACAGCAGCAGCUCCCUGCGGUUGCUGCCUUACCCGUGGUGCCCCGAUUUAGGCCCCUGGUGCCCCCCCCUCUGGCCGCGCCGCCCAUCUACCAUUACACGGCCUCCAAAAACCCCAAGAAAGCCCCCUACAAGGCCCCCUACAAGGCCUCCUACAAGUCCAUGAAGAAGUGGCAGAAGGACAAAGGCAAGUCGCGCAAACAGGACUUGUGGUACCAGCCCCAGAGCCCCAUCGACUACUGGUACAAACCCCAGAAACAGUUCCUGGCCUUCCCUUCCUACCCGUACUACCAGAAGCCAUAUCGGGCGUACUACCCUGUCUACUUCCCUUACCCCAAGCCGCAGUACUACGACAAGCCCCCUUCCGCCCGGGACCAGACCUUCAACCCCCAGGACCUUGAUCCGCAGGGUCCGCGACGUAGGCACAGGGGCCAGGGCAAGAACCGGGGGCAAGGCUGGAGGCAGAGGCCGGCGCCCCGCUUGCCCGACACCCCGUACAUCUCUAACUAUAUCCUGCCCCACCCACGGACCUACCAGCCCCUGCCGCCCCCGAAACCCCUGGCCCCGCCCCGGAGGGGCAGGCGGCCCCCCUUUUACUACCAGCCGGCCACAACCCGGGACGACGACUACGAGGAAGACGGCCUGGUGCCUCAGAUGGACAGUGAGGAGGAGCUGGAGAACUUUAUCGAGAGGAUCUACAUGAAGCGCAGAAUGUACUGAAUGACUGGUUUAGGGAGGGAGGGGGGAUAUUUGAAGCCCAGGGCGGGGGCGGUGUUAUCGUAAGGCUAAAAUGUAUCAUUUGGAUGGUCCAGGAAUGAGAUUCCAGUUUGUUCUAAUCCAUUAUUUUUUUUGUUGUUGUUGAAAAGGUUCGCUCAGAUGAAUGGGGCUGGGAGGGGCUUACCCUGCACUUCGCCAUGUUUACAAUGUGAACACAGGGCGGAGUACGUCCGUCUCCAUUCAGGUUUUCUACAACACACAGCGUCACUGGAAAAAAUCAGACAAGUUUUGUUUGUAUCAGAUGUGUGCAGGUGCCUUUUACAAUUUAAGGGAGGGCACAUGUAUUUUUUUUUUUUUUUUUAACCCCCUGAAUUUUUGCCUUACACACACUAGUCUCAUCCCGAAGCCCCGCGGUCCCCACAAAGCACAAAACACUUCCAGAUCUGGUGGGCCGAGGUUUCGCCAUCAUUCUUGCCAUCCGAUUGGAUGCGAUUUGAUCUCAUCUUUUUUAGCAUGAUUCAUAUAAUUUUUUUGUUGUUGUUGAUUGUAUCCAUAAUCUUUAGGGCCCUCGUGGAAUCUUUGCGUUGUUAUAAGGGAUUUGAAAUUCAUUCUGGCAAAAAAAAAAAAAAGUUUAAAGGGGUAAUAUCCAAUUGACAUUAUGUAUUAAAAAAUAAGUUUGAUCCUUUUAUGGGUUAACCAUGUGUAAAUUGGCACGAGGGCCCGUUCAUCACUUUAGUUUUGUUUAAAAAAUAUAUAUACUUGAAGUCCGCCGCCACCAGUGUGGGGGGACCAAUCGCUUUUGUUCAUUUCCUGAAGAAAUUCAAUGACGAGUUUGCGGUGGGGUGGGGGAAGUGUCAGGGAUUGUGCUAUUUAAAAAAAAAAAAAAAAAAGAAAACAAACAACAAUAUGCACGUCUUUCUACUUGCAUCUUUGAAAAAAAGACAAAAAAAUGUGGGGAAAAAAAGAAAACAGUGUGGAGAAUUCAAGAUGGCUGUCUUCUCUCAUUAAAACUGUGAACACUAAUAAUUAAAAAAACAAAAACAAGAAGGAGGAAGACCUGCUGACGCCAUCUGUGUGAACGAGUGUUUGUGAUUGAUGUCACCGUUAGCAUUGUAACAUGUACAGUGUGAAAUAAAAACAUGCCCGUGCAAUGUGUACAGAACAGCAUGACGAUGAUGACCACUAGUUUUGCUAUACUAUCCUUUAAAAA